UAUUUCACUAAUAUUUUUCCAGAUCUACAAUAUUUAAAUAAAACCUCCCGACAAAUCGAUGUUCAAAUUUUGAGGUAGCUGGGCGCAAAAUUCUCUGGUUGGUAGAAAUUUAGGAGGAAGAGAGUUCAAAAUCUCAGUUGGUUUAGGGUUAGGGCUUCUUAGAACAUGGAAGUCAAGAAUCUUCUCAAGGAUAAGAAAUUCUGGUUCGCCUCCUUCCUUAUUGCUUGGGCCGCAGCUCUCCAGGGGCAUAUGAUGUAUUUGCAGAAGCAGGAUUGUUUCAAGCAGAAGUUUGGGACUCCCAUUCAAGAAAAUGAUACUGAAAAAUGAGCCUGAUAUUGAUGGCGGUUGUUAAAUGAUCCUUAAUGCUGGCUUGUCUGGAUUAUCAGAAAAUUAGCAAUUAAAUUUUUGUGUGUACCCAAUGAUGAUAGGAAUUGUAGUAACUGCUGGUAUUUGGUGCUACAAGUCAAUUAUUGUGUCUGUUGGCAGAUCAUAAGCUCACUUUAGCUACUUGGGUCCAUUAUUCUUUAAGCCGUUGAAAAAUCCAGGCUUCGUUCGCAUCUUCCAGAAUUGCUUAUACCUGAUUUGCAAGUCUUCCCAAUGAUAUUUUGUACAACAUUUAGACUUCAAUGAGUUUCUCUCUCUUUCUCUAUGUGUUUAAUACAGAAUGUCAACUGAUUUCUGCAUUAGACAGUCCCUGACUAUAGAACAAAAUUCAUGUCCUUGUUUUAGUUACAAAUUUGUGCUGAAAGUAUCCUUAUUGGAGUCUUCUUCUAGUUAGAAAUUAGCUGGCAUAUGAGUGCACUUUUGGGGUUUAGCUCAAAUAUAUUAUCAAUGAAGAAUCAGGAGUUGUCCAUUUCAGAAUAGUUGGACCCUGGGUCUACCUUACAAUUUGACUAAUUUAUACACUAGCAUAAUAGAUAUCCUUUCACCCAAAUAAAACAUAAGCAGAUAGAAUUGGCUGCAUGGACCAUUUCCUAACCCCAUCAUAUGGCU